AUGGAAGGUAUGGAUCAGCCUAAUCCGGCCGACAUCAAGGAAUACCUCGAUAUGGGCUGGGUACAUAAAGAGCUCAUUCCAUUCCUUGAGGAGGUCUUCACAGAUGACGAGGGCAUGUCAACAUCCAACUGGGAGCGCAUGAUCCUCUUCGCCAGAUUCAACCUUGACAAGAUUGCCCUUACCCUUAAGCUGGAGAAGUAUGAAAAUGAGAAGAAGGAGUUUGAAAAGACACUAACCCAGAAGAACCCGAACCUGAACCCAAACCAGUACCAGGACCACCAGAGCCAGACCCGUCAGAACCAGAACGAGGAUUCGCACAAUAAUCAUCAGAAAAACCACGGUCGUCCUCCUAGGGAGCCAGAGCCCCCCGAGUCCGAGGAUUGUAUAACGGAGUCCAAGGAUAAUGCAAUAGAGUCCGGUACAGAUGCAGCUGUCCAGGACGUUGAGUAA